CAUUUCUGCGUUUUGUGUUGUCCAUGACGCGCCUUUGCCUACAAGCGUGGCGCGCGAUGGGCAAUAAAAAAAUCGAAAUUUUCGGCCAGGCUUUUGUUUAAUCCUUGGCAAGAAAUCGAACAAAAAGGGUUCGGAACAGGAAAAGGAGAACGAUAACAAACAACGGAUCYACGCAUUUUGGAAUAAAUUGAACCAUACAUCARAGAGACUCCAACCUCAAGGAUGGCGGAACAAAUAGCGAUAGCARCACCUGACAACUUKCCAACAGUCAUCCCUACUAAGGUGACCGGGCCGACAGAUCUACAGACGAGACGGCCGGCAAGAUCUCGCGUGGCCAAUGUCUUAAAGAGGCUGAGAAAACAAAACCCACGCAAUGCACUGAGACGCUUCUCGCGGACUGACACAGAAACUACCCUGGAUCRACUGGACGAAAAGGCCCCUUCCGAAAUAUCKGAACUUACGGAUAUAUUUCACGACGACGAUCUAACACUAGAUAACGGGAAAAUACCAAUAAAGGAGGACGAGAAGCAAACAAAAAAUGCAGACCCACUGGAGCCAUCACAGUGUAGAGCGCCGUCGUCGAUGGCGUCAUUGUCCGYGAGAAGCUCGACUUUAAAAGAUUACACAUUAUCCGAGUCUCUUGGUGCAUGGCGUGAGUAUAUUUUGGUGCGAAAAAAGGGACAUGCACAAUACGCAAAGCUGGAAACUCGCUCACGACCUCUUAUAUUUUUUCAUUAUUUCCGUUCAACGUGCUUGUUAGUCGAAUCGUUUGCUUGUCUGGCCAAAUCAAAAGAAAUGGAUUCGUUUCUAAAUUCUAGCAAUGCGCUUGCAGCAUCAGCUACCCAGUCUACGAUUGAUGUUGCAAAGAAUGUAGGCGGUUUAGUGGUACACACAGCUCUACUUCCAGUUACUCUUCCCAUCCAGGCAACUGCUACCGCUACUGAUCUACUAUUCAACAAAGGCAGCAACGUUUUGCACUACUUCUGUGAUAACGUGGUUCCACUCGUUGUCAGCCAGACAGUGAAAAUACCAAAAAAUCCAUUKAUAAUGACAAAAGAUCCAACUACUCCGAAAAUACAUGAAUACAAAUCCUUAUCCAGAAUAAAGAAAACAUCAGAGUCGRCAAUCACUGAYACCAAUAACAUCGAUGAAGACGACUUUCUCGAACGCUUACGAUUAGAUUUACAUUCGGACUCAGUACAAUGUGCAGGACAACGYUMCAAAGAACGGCAUURUACUAGAAGUUCAGCGUCCGAGGCAGUUUAUUCAGUCGAUACGGACUUUUGGGCAACGCAGACAACAAAAACCAAAUUUUCCAUACUUCUUCUUCGGGUGGAAGACAUUCAACUAACUAUGAAGCCGCAAGAAGCCUYAGAAUYGGAAUCAGAAUCACAUAUCGUYUGCGUAGAUCUACACGAGGAUUUYUCUGAUGAACAACUUGUAUCUGAUGCCCUCGCACUGCUAAGUGUGCGUUCCAUUGAGAUCGAAUCGUCGAAUGAAGCAGUCUCGGAUCUGUCACCUAGUGCAAAUCGAGAAGAACCUGCSCAAAAGAUGUCUAUUCAAAUAGAUUGGAAAGCAUUGGGYCAGACAAAGAAAGAUUACAAACGRUUGAAAAACCUAUCCGAAAGCGAAUUUUACGACGCGCUCUGCAGCCGCGUACUCACAUGGUCUGGAAAGUAUCUUGGACCGAAGUAUUACGGAAGUGAAAAUCCUUUUUUCUACGCCCGAGGUAUUGUGAAUGGAGWGCCUGAAGACGUUCUAAAUUUACUGUGGGAUAGCAAAAGGACAAAUGAGUACAACAARCACUGCGUAAGCCGCGAAGACAAAUUUUCUAUCUUUGACKAUGAGAAUAACACGACAAAUGGGUUUUACGGUGCAAAAAUCAUUGAAAGCGAGACAAAGAUACCGAUGACCAAAAUGAGUGUCCGUCUUUCUGCUUUGAUGUGCGCUAAGUUUCUAGGCGAGAGCCCCGAAGACGGUUAUGUCAUAUUCAGUCGUUCACUCAGCUGUGGAGAAGCUGGUAAUCAUCUAGUCGAUUCCGGAAAACUUUGUCAAAACGGCAACAAUGAAGUAAUCAUYGGGAUAAACAUUAUKCGACCUGUUCCCGGUCGACCAGGUCUAUCAGAUUUGAUCAGCAUAUCCCAGGUUGAUGCCAGCAUCCUCCCUCCAUUUUUGAAAGCACGCGUUGGAAUCAUGGCUGCCGAGGACUUUUUUAAAAAUGCAAGAAAAGCUCUAAAAUAAUUGAAAACAUUAGAUUCGAAAAGAAAAGAAUAAUAUUUGAUUUCCAUU